GUUUAAAAAUGGCAAUCAAAUGGAUGGCCCCAGAGGUGUUACUGUAUAACAAAUAUAGCACGAAGGCAGAUGUGUGGUCAUUUGGUAUUUUAAUGAUGGAAGUAUUUAUGCAUGGGAAAGAACCUUACGAAGGAAUGGGAAGUAAAGAGGCAUUUGAGAAUGUACAACAAGGCUACAGAAUGCCGAGACCAGAUACGUGCCCGUCGGAGAUCUACGACGUAAUUUUGUCGUGCUGGAGCACUAACCCACCAUCCAGACCUUCCUUUGACUUUCUAAACACAUUUUUACAUGACUGGCAGUCUCCUUCAUGACAUAUGUGCUCAGUGUAAUAUCUUUGUUGUGCUUGAAUCUAUUGUUUAUUGAAACAUUUAAACAUGUUUUCCAAGUGUUGUGAUAUUUAGCUUCAAAACUAAUCUUUUGGGACGGGAACGGAAAGGUCGCAGCUGAUACAGAGUGUUUGUCGUCAGUGAGGGUCAGGAAAAAGAGGAAAAGGUGUGACGUGACAUUCAGUUCUUUGAAAUUACAAGUUUCGGAGCAGAGCUUUUGAAUGAAAUAUAUAAUUAAGUGGGAGUGGUUAACUAUUGCUAAUGGGAGUGGCUCUUGAGGAAGGAUGUUGGUUUAAAUUUGAGGAUUGACAUGCGGUAAACCUUGCCUUGAGUGAAAAGUGUUAUAACUCGCAUUGCUCUGAAUCCCGAGAAAGAUUCUUGCCUUUUUUCAAGCAAAGAUCUAAAUCCAGAGUUUUAAAGGUCAGAGGUCAAGGUCGGCCAAGGUGACAGGAGGGUUGUGAGGGUUG